GCUACAUCACUUGGUUUCAGACAUAACACCAAAACAAAAAAAGAGAGAGAAUUUGUAAUACAUUCAAUCCAAAAGGAAAACAUGGAGAAGAAGUUCUUCCUUGUCUUCUUGUUUCUUCUCGUCGUCUUCGCAUCUCAAGGAGAGAGGGGGGAGGGGAGGAUGUGCCAGUCGAAGAGCCACCACUUCCACAGGACGUGCGUGAGUAACCACAACUGCGCCAUGGUCUGCCGCACCGAGGGCUUCUCCGGCGGCCACUGCGUCGGUUUCCGCCGCCGCUGCUUCUGCACCCGCCUCUGCUAGCUAUAGCUCCUGCAGUCCCUCCAAUAAUAAUAUUUUAACCACUUUGCUUUGGUUAUGCCUUCUGUGAUCUGUCUUUGUUCUAUGUUCGUCCCCUCGUCGUUUAUGUUUGUCCCCUCCCCUAGUUUAUAAUAAAAUAUUGUUUCGGUUUCGGCAAUA